AUGACGCUGGAACUCCUCCCCGUCACGGAAGCGGACACCGCGCGGAUCCACGAGAUCAUAUUCCAAGCAUUCGAAUCAGAUCAACUCCACGUACUCAUGUUUCCACGAGAACACGCAUCCAGCUACGAGGCGUACAUGCACGAAUCCCUACGCUCCAAAUUACGCGACCCAACCAUCACAUCCCUCAAAGUCGUCGACAAGAGUUUAUCCGGCGACGCGUCUAUCGUCGGCUACGCUCGGUGGAAAUUCCCAAUUAGCAACGACCAGCACCAAGAAUCCACGCCGCAGGAAAGCCAAAAUAGCGAAGAACCGUCGAAAUCGCCAAACGUGCCCUUCCCCGCGCAUGCGAAUAAGCAACUCAUGGAUUUCUUCGGAAGCCAAAUCACGAAACUGCGCGGGCAAUUCGUCGACCCGACGCGCGAUUUCGUGCUGGAUUUCCUGGCGACGGACCCGGCGCAUCAAGGCCGCGGCGUGGGCAAGGUGAUGCUGAAGUAUGGGCUUGAUGAGCUGGAUCGGCGCGGGAAUGGGGGAAAGGCGUAUCUGGAGUCGACGGCGGUGGGGAUGCCGGUUUAUCGGAAGUUUGGGUUUGCCCCGUUGGGGGCGAUUGAGAUUCCGUUGGCGGAGUUUGGCAUCGAGGAGGGGGGUGUGUUUACGUCGGUUGUUAUGGGGAGGGAUGCGCAGAAAGCAGAGGAGGUGUUAUGA